UCUCAGACUAAAGAUGUUUGUGAUCAAGUAAAAGAAAAUGCACUUGUUGGCGGUAACUUACAUUCAAGUUUAACAGUAGAUCAGCAAUCAAACUCUACGGAGAUGCCAGAUGAAAAACUUCCCAAUGUGUGUUUUUUAACAGAAACAGGAAACUGGAAAAAUGGAAAUUUACAGACCAACUACUUGGGAAGUGAGGACUGUGUGAAAUCAGAAGAUAUAGAUUAUUCUAUUACAGCAGAGAUAACUACAGAUGAACACCACCCCAAAGAGCAUACAGAACCUCACUGCAGUGUCGAACAAGCAAUAUGUUCGUCACUAAAGGAAGAGUUGUCUACAAGUGAUGACCAAAAAGAGCACAUGAACUUAUCUCAAAUCAGAGGAGCUCGGCCUUCAGAAGAUGCUAUAAAUGAAGUCCAUGAAGAGGAGGUAAAGCCAACAGAAAUGCAUCAUAUUGAUAAUUUCUCAACAAAGGAAAGUCAAUCUUCUUUACAAACCCUGCAUUCAGAAAUGAAUGUUCUUUUGGACUCCCAACCGUUGGACAGUUAUCAGAGCAUCAAAGGGCAAAGUCCCACAGACUUCAACACCAAAGGGAACAGAAGGAAAUUUGGGUCAAACCGAAAAAAUAGAGGACCGCAGGUCAAGGACACAACCAAAACAUCAUAUGUAACAGAAGCAAUGAGGCAGAAAGAAUUAAAAGAGCAAACCAACCUAGUCGUCAAGCCUGCUGGGGAAAUAAGAACAUUUGGAUCCACCGUAAAUGACGAAGAAAAUACAGAAAAGAGGUCGGAGGAAGGCACAAUUUCGUCACAGAAUGUGAUGGAUAGCAGUACAGUUGUGACAGCGGACAUUCCUUCAAGCUCAGGAAAAGACGACUUUGUCAAAUCCAAGGAAGUUAAUGAGACGGAAAAUAAACUCAUAAAAGAGACUGAGAAUCUAAGUCAGUUUACAGGAUGUGACGCAGUUAACAUGGAGUUGACACAAUCACCAAACAUCUCAGUUUGGAAAGAUGAUUCAGACAUACAGAAUAUCUCAUAUGACGAAAAUGUCAUCACCAGGCCAAUCGCUGAUGGUCUUGAGCAAGAAGGAGCCUUUCACGUCCAUGACACGGAAGUUUUAUCUUGUGACAACGAAUUUAAAGUGCAACAGACAAAUGGUACAUUACAAAUUCUUGGAGAUGUCACAAUAAAAGCCUACAAUUCAGGAGUGGAGAGUUCAAUGUGUGUACAAGUUUCUAGACAUGAUAAAGAUGGAGAACAGAAAGACCAUGAAGCCCAAGAAAUUAAUAUUCCACAGGUGAUCACACAUGCUGAUCUGUUUUCUGCUUCACAAAACAAAACUGAUACUUUGGGUCUAUUUGACAUUGGUCUCGAGGAAAACAUCCAAGCAGAACCAGCUGGGGAUGUAUCCGUGGAAAGUGGAACUUCCAGCCAACAACGGAUACAAGAAAAAACAAAUUUAGAUGAAAGUGAAAAUUUGAAAGGAAGAUCCAAACAGAAAAGGAGAAAAAUGGGAUCUACUCGCCAGACUCAACUCAAUAGGAAACCAGAGGAAAAGAGAGGUGAAACAAGAGAAAGUGACUUUAACACAGAAGCUGACAUGAGCAAUGUUGACAAGAUGGAAGCAGUAGAGGAUUUACAAAUUAUUGUAACUGCAGAGCUGUCACAGAAUGAACAUGCAAAGCCAUCACUGAGUCCUAAGAGUAAAGAACAACAGGAAAUGACCAGGUCUGACCUGCAGAUAAUACAGAGCAACGUGAUAUCAGGCAUAGAUUAUUCAAAUACUCCCCUUGCUGAGCUAUCUGUCCUACACAAUAAAGAAGUUGUUAAUCCUGUUGAGUUUGUUCACGUAUCUAAUGUAAGGGACAGUGAGAGUGAUGUAGAGGUUAGUGUGGAGUCGUCACAGCUAGAUGAUUUUACCACCACUGAGAUGCAUAUCACCUCUGUGCUUGCUGGAAGAAAUUCAAUAAAUCCAAUGCUGUCUGCAAACACGGACACUACAAACACUGGUAUCACAGGGGAGAGCUGUGUGUCUUUAUGUGAGACCACACAGAGUCCACAAAAUUAUGAGAAACGGCCAGAGUGUGUAAACGUCAGAAAUGACCAAGCUUUGAAAUCAGCUGAUGAGCCUGUUGUGGCAGAUUUGGAAAUAGUGAAAUCUGUGGUCAGAGGAGGAGCUGAAGAAGCGCACAUGAGUGCUCAGGCCAGUAUACAAGAGCCGGACAAAGCGAAUGAAGGAGCUCACAAUAAAAUUCUCGAGAUGAAGAAUGCAAAUUUUGAUUCAACCAACAAGAGAAGAAAGAUUGGCAGCACCCGCAGAAGUCUCGGAUCACGGACAAAACGGGAAGACUUGUAUGAAAAGGAAGAAGAGGAUAAUGAGGCAACAGAGGCUGCAACUAUUGUUGAAAUUGGAGAGACUGAAAGAGUCUCAGGCAACAUAGGUGUGCUACAACUUCACAAAGACAGUGGCUCUGAGCAAAGGAAAGAAAAGGACUUUGAAACUGUGGAGCAUUACUUCAAACCUCACCAGACAUUUGAAGAAAAUCCUGUUUCACAUGGUCAACUAGUAGAAACAGAGCAUCAACUAACUCCCAAUUAUCUCCCCGCAACACAAUCAACUUCUCCCAAACACGAGUUAAUGUCAGAAUCAGCAUCAAGUAGGAAAACGAGAAAAAUGGGAUCACACCGAAAGUCACAUGGAAACCAAAACUAUGAAUAUCAAACAGCAAAAAGGGACCAAAUGACUGAUGCACAAAUUGGGAGAGAUCUCGGAAGUAUCACAGAUGAAAGUGCCAACAAGACAACUGAAGAGCUGUGGGAAGAAUCUUUAGGCCCGGACAAAAUAUCAGAGGUUAAUACAAGUGACAAGAAACCAUCAUCAAACCUCAGCACCUCAAAGGCAACAGAGCAACCUGUUAGUGAGAAGAUACCUAAACCAGUGACUCCUGUUCAACAUCCUUCUGCUGAAAUCCGCCUGGCUCAAGAGAGUCAACAGAAGUUUUCUCUGGCAGGUAAUUCCAGGGCAGCAAAUCUUCAAUCAAACACUUACCAUGUGAUAAUGGUUGGAGACAGCAGUGUGGGCAAAACCUCCUUUAUGAAAAGAGCUCAAAGUGGGAAGUUUUCUUUAGAGUUACCCGCCUCUGUUGGACUUGAUCACUGCAUGUGGACUGUGGUAGUGGAUGGGAAACAUGUGGUGCUACAGUUGUGGGAUACAGCUGGGCAAGAAAGGUUUCACAGCAUGACAAGGCAAAUUUUCCACAAAGCCAAUGCGUUUCUCUUGAUGUAUGACAUCACUUCUUCUCAGAGUUUUUCUGCAGUCAGCUACUGGGCAAACUGUAUCCAGGAAGGGGCUGCAGAAGAUGUAACCGUUUUACUUGUUGGCAAUAAGAGUGAUUGUGCAGAGCGCCAAGUUAAAACUCAGGAGGUGGAAGUUCUGGCAAAGGAAUACAACUUUGAAUUUAUGGAGUGUAGCGCUGCCACAGGUGAAAAUGUGGUUCAGUCUUUGGAAACUGUGGCCAGGAUGUUGAGCCAAAAAGUCAACACAAGAGAGGAAGCCAUGGAGUUAAAGAAAGAGCCCAACAAGAAAAAAUCAUCAGGAUGUUGCUGAAAAAGAUGUCUGAAAACUCAGAAAAGUGGAGAAACAAACUGUGGAGUAUAACCAGUGAUUUCCCGAAUCAAUUAAAUUCCGAUUUACAGGGUUCCGAUAGGAUAUCAAUUAAGGUGGGAAAUGUCAAUUAUAAUUCAAAUUUUGCAAGACAUAUGCUAUUAAUUUUACAAUCAAGAAGCAACCCUCAAAUAUUUUUUAUAAUGAACCAGGUUACUUCAAAAAGUUUGCUUAAAGUACUUAACAAGUCAUUGACACGCAUACAAGUUUAAUUUUCUAUUUACAAUUAUCUUUAGAUGUACGUAUAUUUGUAUUUCUACCAACUUAAUAGUAUUAUUUUAAUGUAUGAAUUAUACCGUGUAGCUGGUGCUCGCAUUCCGUAGAGGCAGGUCAAUGAACAGUUGUGAUUAAGGAAAUAGGUAUCACAUAAUGAAUACUGGAUUCUUUUAGCUUGUUAGAUUUAUUGUAAAGUCUUGUACAGACUGAGGUAUUUGCAUUUUAAGAUUCAUUAACUUUUCCCACUGGGGAACUAAACAUUUAGUACUUAAGCACUUUCUGUUCAGAAAGGUUUCUCAGAUCCUUUAUAGUUAAAAACAAAUCCACAAAGAGAAAAUUCUCUAUACUGUACAGCUAUCUACACUUAACUCUUAAUGUUACUCUCAUGACACAAAUAUAUAUUCCAUGUGUAUGUACAGUACAAUGCCAUUUUGCUGUUGCUGAAUCUUGACAGGUUGGAAGUUACAAAACAUGGUACCAAAUUGAUAUUUUAAAGGAUCUACUAUUAUAGUAUUUUUAUACUAGUAUUAUUAUAUGUCAGUGUUAAAGUGUGUUUAAAAUUAACGUGUGCAGUAAGCCUUUGAAGAAGAGCAUAUUUUCAUUGUUGUAGCUUUAGUUUGGUAUACAAAAAUGACAUUUAUGAUUUUGUAUGACAAACAUCUGUUCUAAAUGUAUGGCAUUGGCACCACUGCAGUUGUCACACAGCUGCCAGAUAAAUCAUACAUACAUUUCAUACCUGUAUUAAAGACAACAGCAGAGAAAUAAAUGGGCUUUAAAUAUAAAUAUUGAUUUUCUUUUAAUGUGUCUGUGUAUUUCCCUUUAAUUUGUGUGGCCAAAUACCUAUAAUCAAGUUUUGAUGGCAUGCCUCAUGCUUAAUAAACCUCCACAAUGACAACUA